GGGCAGUACGCACGUAUCUUGUCUCAAGGGGGUGAGACAACGUUAACCCUCAGACCUUGGUUACCAUAGUAAUACCUUAAUGUGAACUCUACCGUUAACUGUAGGAGGAAGAUACAUUUUAACACUUGCUAUUGCACCUUUAAGAAAUGAGGAAGUGGACAAAUUCAAAGCCAGCGUGUCAGUGUGACAUGUUUCUUCUGUCUGACUGCUCUCUGACCGACAUGGCUCUUUACCUCAGAAUUCUUCUCAUCCUCGCUGCACUCACAGGAAUUCACAGCAUAACAACAGUCAGUGAAGUAUCAGUCAAAGCUGGAGGUUCAAUCUCUAUCCCAUGUCUCUAUGGCUCACAAUACAUAGACCAUGUGAAAUAUUUAUGUAAAGGAUAUUUAUGGAACGGCUGCUCAUAUGCAUUUAAAACAAACCAACAAAGUUCAGGAAAGUAUUCAAUCUCUGAUGACAAAAACAGAAGAAUCUUCACCGUGACUAUAAAUGAUCUGACCAGUGAGGACACUCAUUAUUGGUGUGCUGUGGAGAUCGGUGGGUUGGGCCAGAUAGACGAGAAAGCAUAUUUUCAUCUGUCAGUCACUGAAGGCACACCCAGUCUUUAUGUGGACCAUCAGAAGAUUACAGCAUUUAUAGGAGAGAAUAUAACUAUUAAUUGUCACAAUGGAGCAAUGAGCUGGUGCAGAUUAGGAGACUCAUGUGUGACAUCGUCUGGAUCAAUUGGUGGAACAAGAGUGACCAUCGAUACAAAGAACCGUAAUGUUUUCACUGUGACUAUGAUCGGACUGAGGACAGAGAGCAGCGGCUGGUAUUAUUGUGUCAAAGGAGACUUCCAGAUGCCAGUUUAUGUAACUGUUAUGCAACCUACCACUUCCCCAACAACAACACAAAACACAUCAGUUGCGGGUCCACCUGGCAGCACAGUUGACCUACUGGCCCUUAUCAUCCCUUUGAGUUUGUUGAUCUUCACUGUGAUGGUGACCUUCGUCAUCUGGUUUAUACUAAAAAGACGCAUCAGUUACCUUUCACUUUUAGAGCAGACCAAAGCAGAACCAUCAGCCACAACAAGGGAAGAAGAAGUUACAUACAGUACUGUUAUGACAAAGAAGAGAAAAACUUCAAGGCGGGCUGAAGAGGAAGUAGAAUACAGCGAUGUUAAGCACGUGAGAAAAACUUCACGCAAGUCAGAUGCUGAGAUGAGAAUUGAUGUGGACGUGAUGUACAGCUCUGUGGUCGCUGUAAAACAACAAACUGCACGAAGGGGUGAAGCAAAAAGUGAAGAUGUAAUAUAUAGCACAUUGGCUCAGCCCUAGAGAAACUGUGAAUGUUACAUCUGUACCCCGACAUCUUAUGUGUCUUUCCACACUGCACUCUUUUUUUAGGUAACAGUGUUGCAAAGUGUUAACCGCUUAUAUUUAAAUGUGCAGCAACGUCCUUCUCCUUUUUUAUUAUUGAAGUUGUGCACCUUCUUCUUUUCUGUUUCCUGUCUGCAUGGAAAAUACUUCAAACAACUACUGACCGUGGCCCUUGUUUCCCAAAAGAAUCUUGAAGCUAAAACGAUUGUAAAAUCUAUCUUACAAACCUUCUCGAGCUUAAGAAAUGUUUCCCAAAAGCAUUGACAAAAGAACACUUCAGAUGCACACACACACACACACACACACACACACACACACACA